GCUGAGCAGAGAAGAAGGCUUAGAAACAAGGAUCACUGUUGGUUUUGAAGAAUAAAAAGGAUUUAAGAUAUUGCCGUGGCUAUAUUAAUUGGCUAAUUUUCUGUCUCCAUUCUUUAUGUUCAAGCAGGAUGCUGGUUUCCAUGUCGUUUGGGGUAUCCUGUUGCCUCCUGUUGUCUCUUUCCUUGAAUCUGGGAGGAGUUCUGUUGGCAUCAGGCAAUGACAGGCUCUGCCAAGAGGGGGAACAAUUGUUGACCAGAGGGGUAAAGAAAGUGGACACUCCAAGUGAAUGCAUGCUGAAGUGUACACUCCAGACCUACCUGUGGAUGACUGGUAGAAGGGACAGAGUGACAGUCCGUCUGCACAAAACAAUCCCUGGGAAGGAGGGUGAGCUCUGCUGGUCCUUGCAGCUGGGAUGUGGGAAAGGGGUGCUCCUCCAAAAGGCCUUCGUGCUGCUGCCUCUCCGAGAUGGGGCGCUGGAUUUAACUGCUGCUCUGGAACUGCGCCCCACAUUCCCUGCUGAGCCAGAUCUCCUGAGCUCUCUCUCUGACCAGGCGGCCCUGAGCCAAGAGUGCGGGCUACGCUUCGACAUCACCAAGGCCUUCACUGCCUCCAAGAGCACAGUGCAGUUCUGUGUGGAGCCCCUCCUGAGUGGCCAGCCAGCACCCAGAUUCCUCAAAGGGGCCCUCGAGUGCCCGCCUUUCCUGGCCACAGUGUGGCAAAGGCAUCACCAGCCCCCAGGCUAGCUAAAAGAAACAGGAUGGAAACUGAGCUGCUGCUUUGUUUAUGCUUUUUUACAUUUUUACAUUUAGGGCCAUUCAUAAAAGUAAAAAUUAGAAGGACUGUCCAACAGGGGAGACUCGCUGAUGGAAUAUUACAUUUUCAAUAAGUGGGGGUGAAUCCCUUUGUUGUGAAUGCAAGGAAGUGGCAGAAAAACACACCUUUACACAACACCAAUUUUAAAGUGAUCAAAAAAGACUAAGGGCCUCAUUCACUAAACUACGGUAAAUGAGCAGAAUUACCAUGUGGCAGGGGGAAGCCACACCGCUUACUAAGCUAAUUAUAUGCACAAAUGGUUCAUUUGCAAGUUGUCAUAAUGCCUGGAAUUUAGCACGCAGAAUUCAACAUGUGGAAUUAUGCAUGAAGUUUACACACACAGCUUGUUAUAGCAUAUAAGAGCGCUCGAAAGAAUUGUGUCGUUGUGACAAGUUUGUCACAAUGACAGCGACCAAGGAGAAUUAUGAAAGGCUUUUUGGUGCUGAAUCAGAGAGAGCAUUAACUUCAAUUAAACAUUAAGGACAAAAUAAAUGCACUCCGUAGGAGCAGGGAGGGGGUGUAGUGCCAAAUCACAGCAUCCUGCAAAACAGUCAAAGCAGAGAAAGUAAUUGUUAAUUGAACAUUUAUGCUUAACUCUGCACACUUGCCCCGUAAUCUUCAUAUAUCCCGGACUGUCUGAGGAUGUACGAGUACAUUGUAACAUCGGAACUCGAGUCGCUUUGAAACAAUCUUUAAAAUUGUCAUUUAAAAUGGUCUGU